AGGCGGCAGCCCAAGCUCAGCAAACUGCUGAGGCUGACGCAGUGGCACGAGACAGACGGAAUGCCGCCAUCAUGGAGUCCCUGAUUCAAAAUGAGAAUCAGUGGACAUCACUACUCCAAGGCAUGUACUUUGUGCCUACGGACUCGCAGGCGGAGCCGAUACAGGCAGAGGCAGAGAGAAGUAACCUGGCUACCGUGAUGUUGAACGUGAUGAGGGGAGUAAUGUGGAACAACAAACUGCUGCAGGCACUCCUGCACGUGGAACGACAGCAAAGACAGCAGCGCCAGCAAAACCUUGCUGAUUUAAGGACUGCCGUCCRCAACGCAGCAACGCAGCAGCAGCAACAACACCAACUGUUGAACUCUACCCUCGCACGCAUCAACGGCAUUGAGGCUAAGGCCUCAGCAGCGCCAGGCUGCACGACAGACGCGACGAAGCAACUCAACGAGCGCAUCGAUCACGUCGUCACCAUCAUUGGCGAACUAGGUGAUUUCACUAGUCCGGCCACGAUCAGCAGUACGGUGGCCGCCAUCAAGAUGAACAUCACCAAACUGCAGACAAGACCGGACGCCGCCACAAGGAACUACAAGAUGCCAAACUUCACCAUCAGCAAGUUCGACGACUACAACAAGACGGACGCCUUGACAUGGUGGCAAAGUUUCCUAACGGAAGCAUCAUACCGCACUGUCCCGCCGGACGACAUGAUGAAGGCACUCUACUUACAACUGAUUGGAGGGGCGCAGGCAUGGAUGAACCAUCUGGUGGCUACCAAGAAAUGCACCAUCGCCGAACUCCACACGCACAUUCCGUGGAAGGCGUUCGAGCAACUUUGGUUCACUCGCUUCAUGGUCCGCAACGUCGUGAAGGCGGUCAUGAAUGAGGUAUACACAUGCUCACAAGGGAGUAUGCCAACUCGAGACUGGACAACCAAGUGGCAAAAGAUAGUGACCACGCUUGGCUUCGAUUUGAGUUUUCCUAACCAGCGAUCCGAGUUCUUCUCGCGAUCAUGCGCAGGACUGCGAACCGCACUCGACAACGAGUACGAUUAUGCCUCAUUCCAGUCUAUUCUAGAUCGUGCAAACUUGGUCAUCCAAACGGAUGACAAGGCCGCAAACGAACGACAGUCCCAACCGCAUUAUGUGGCAAAGCAGGCCUAUUAACGACCGGCACAUAACAAUACCGUGAUUUAUGAAGAAACAGUCGAUCUCCACGCUGCAACAGCAUC